AUGCCGCGGAGUAAAAAGGGCAAGCGAGGUCCAGGCAAACCAGGCUGUCUUCGUCAGGAGGUGCUCCAGCUGCAGCUCUGUAAAGGACUAAAGAACGGUGUGAAGGUUGAAUCUUGUGCCAGUGACGAUGAGCUGGCGUCUGAGAUCCUGAGCCACUGCAGCAGCCCCAGCGAUGGGGCCUCGGUCAUAGAGGAGCCCACAGGUAAUGACACUGUAGAUGAACUAACGGCUCAAGAGGAGACUGAAGACAAACUUAAACAGUGCAUAGACAACUUAAUGGAGAAGAGUUCUAAAACUCGCCUGGCAGCGCUGGAGUCCCUGAGACAAGUUUUCUCCUCCAGAUUAUUGUAUGAGUUUUUGACAGAACGGCGACUCACUGUCAGCGACUGCCUCGAGAGAAUUCUCAGAAAAGGAGGAGGUGAGGAGCAGGCAGCAGCGGCCACACUGUUCUGCCUGUUGUGUAUCCAGCUGGGAGGAGGAGACGAGGCGGCGGAGGGCUUCAAAAUCCUUAGACCUGUUCUCACCAAUAUCCUCAAUGAUACAGGAGCCAGCCUCAACGCCAGGCAGAGUUGCGCCAGAGCUUUGGGAAUGUGCUGCUAUGUUUCUGCUGCUGAAGACGGAGAGGACCUGAUCCAGUCCCUGUCUCUGCUGGAGGGGGUCUUUGUGGCGUCUUAUCCCAACAGGGAGGGGGUCCUGCCCACUAUGAAGCCCGGGACUCCGGCUCUACACGCAGUGGCUCUUCAGGCCUGGGCGCUUCUCCUCACACUGUGUCCUACCUCCAAAAUCAAUUCACUACUGGAUAUCCACAUGUCCAAACUGCAGUGCUGCCUUCAAAGCCCAGACGUGAACUACCGGAUCGCAGUCGGAGAAACGAUAGCUCUCAUGGUUGAACUCGGACGAGACAUUGAUGAGGAGUUUGAGGUGGAGGACGGGGAAAGUUUGUGUGAAUCUUUGAAAAGUUUAGCCACCGACGGAAACAAGCACAGAGCCAAAAACGACCGCCGGAAACAGCGCUCCAUAUUCCGAGAAGUGCUCCACUAUUUAGAGAACGAGGAUUUCACAGAUGAAAAAAUCCGGUUUGGAAUAGAGAAAAUUUACAUCGAUAGCUGGACGAGAAGACGAAUCUAUGACGCUUUCAAAGAAAUACUGGUGUCAGGAGUUAACCACCACUUACAGUUCAACCCUCUCCUGAGAGACAUUUUUGGCCUCAGACCUCCGCUGAUUACCGAUAUUGCUGUUACCGUCAAAGUAUCACGUCUUGAAAAGCGUCUGGUCAACGCUGCUGCCUUCAAAGCACGGACGAAACUGAGGAGCAGAGUGAGGGACAAACGCGCCGAUGUGAUGUGA